AUGUUCUGGCGAAGCAGGGGAGCCCGCAAGGUAUACCAGCUGUGUAUGCCCAUCGAGCUACCGGAAGGACUCAUCAUCAGCCACGACUUCAAUAGCCCUGUGAAGUAUAUACGACGGGCUGUUUUUCAUCAAAAAUGCUACGAGGGCCUGACACCUAUGUUGAACUCAAAUGUCAACUUGGUGCUCAACACGUUCUCUGAAUCGCUACCGCUUGUGCGCAAGUCGUGGGAAGAGUUUACUUCACCUCCUAAUAGCGGUGUGUUCGUGUAUAGCGUGGUUCCUAUAGUGUACUCCAUAGCUAUUCUGGCGGUCAUCACAUGGUUUCUCACCAUAUUUGUGCUCACAAACUAUACUAUCAAGCCUUCGUUUCUACUACAGCUGCUGACGAUCCUAUCGUCGGUGUACAUGCUAAUAACGGUGAUCAAGUCCAUUGUGGUGUUACAUAACCAGCAACGACAAGGCUAUUUACAUGGAGAGGCCCUUCUUCAUGCCGUCAAUGAUACGCUAUAUUUGAGCAUCAUAGACCUCAUUGUCGUCCUCUCUCUUCUCAUCUUGCAGGUCCAAGUUGUGAUGAGACUCUUCCUGAGACAGAGCGACAAACGUCUGAUUUUCUAUGUGGGCACCGGUGCUGCCGUUGUCUCGCAGGCACUCUGGGGAGUCACAAAGUUUCAUAACUUCCAUGAAGACGCCGAGGCGGGUAAAAUUAUCCCUGCAUUGACAUACCUCAUCCGUAUCGCCAUGGGUAUGUGUUACGCAGCUAUAUUUACAGCUUUUUUGCUCACGAAGAUCAAACAGAUUGCAGCAAAUAGAAAUAUUUGGCUCAUAUCUCUACUCACGUUUGUUUUCAUCUACGCUCCCGUGGCGUUCUUCAUCGCUGAUGUCUCAAAUGCUUGGGUGUACGCCCUUUCUGAGAUCUUCUCGGUGGUUACCUACGUCGUUUGCGUGGUUAUACCAUGGGAAUGGUGUAACAAGUACAAUGUAAUCAGGAAAAUGAUGGAAAAAGAAGGUGUGUUAGGGCGUCGCUUCUACGAAGAUGAGCUCUACGAGCUUGACAGAUUUGAAUUGUUCGUGGAAGAAGAAGAGCCAGAAAGUCGACAUUCGUUUCAUGAUUCUGACUCUCAAAGUGACGACCGUGGUGGUGGUGUUCCCGUGCAUAGUCAAAGCAGUUCGAGCCAAACUUUGAUGAAGAACACUUCACCAGAGAUCAGUCUGAAUGCAGAACACUGGCAAAAGAGCAAACUUGCCAGGCUCACAGAUGGGGUCAAUAUUGUCAAGAACAGGUUUCUUGAUAUCACAGACAAAAUUAUCGCUACUGGUUUGGCUGUUCCCAGGUCUGUCAGUGUAGGCAGCAGUUUUGGGGGUUCGCAGCAUCAGCCCGUCGAGAGACUGGCAGAGGCACCAUUGGCGCAACUCGAGAGGCAUGCAAGUGAAAGGAGAAGAUCUAGAGAACGACAAGAAGCAAGCCUUGGAAGAGGUACAGCUACAAGAAGCAAUGAGCAAGAAGAACGAAGUGUUUCGUUCGCAGAGGUGGACAAUGCUGGACGUAACCGCCGUGAUGUGUUUGUUUACUCUAGACGAGAUGUAGUUUUGGAACUAGAUGAGGAGGAGGAUUGA